AUGGAAGAGAAUGAUACGAGUAGGACGGAAGAAGCAGUUAUACCGCCAUGUGCAUUGACCCAUCAACUGGCCCUACGGCAUGAUGCAGGUCGAGACCGCCAGGGGAAGAUACUGGUCAAGGAAGGGGAUACUGUCACCCCGUCCGAUAGCGAGGCAGACAAUGAGCGCCUUGAGCCGUUAUGGAACGCGACGUUCAAAGCUGUGCAGCCACGCAGAGCACAUUGUCCGCGAUAUCGGGAUGAAGACUGA